UGCUCAGGAGGUGGCCGGCCACGCAGACGUCGCCCCACACAACUCUUCCCCACGGAGGUCCUUCUUCAGCAUCCCCUGCUGCAGAGCGGUGCCCGCACCCUUUCUGUCAAGGCUGAUGUGGCCAAAGAGGAUUGCAGGGCUUCCGAAAAACGGCACGCUUCUGAAUGUAAUUGUGCUUUUGUCUGCAAAUUGACACCUUCAGUUUUCUGCUUUUUGAUUCACCGAGCUGUGACAUCGCCUCAUUUUGGGGGGGAAGAAGUCUCUCCUUCAAAGCUAGAUCAAAAAGAAUCGGUCGGGGUGAAACGUUCAUUCUGCCUGCUUUGGGCUCAUGCAUUUUGCAUCAAUUUUUCAGCUUCUUUCAGUUUUCUCUUUUUUUCCUCUGCUCUUUCAAAAAGGAUUUGAAGGCGAGAAGAAACUUUGAGAGAGUCGGGAUUUGCAUCUAGACAUCACCGUGUUUUUUGCAGGCCGUUUGUGCUUUAGUAUACAGCUGCUCAGCAUUGCCAGACAAAUAAUCUCGGGUCUUGGAGGAUCUAAAGAAGCAGACUUCCAGACCUGAAGACACUGAGGCGAAUGCAAAUUGCCCGCAUCCAAAUGUUUCUAACAACCACUGCUUCCCUUCUACGCUAGAAGGCGGCGGCGCUAAUUUUGUUGCGUGCCGUCCAGCCGCCCGUUUCCUACCGACUUCAGGCUUGUCGGGUCACGUCCACCUGCACGUGGUGCUCGGCCGUGGCCAGAAGUCGGUCACGGUGAUCUAUCGGCCUGGUGAACACGGGGCCGUGGGGAGCGAGGGGCAGGAGGAGCAAGGGUGCCCCAAAGGGUCUCGGGAUGCCACCGUGCUGCGUGGGGACCCGCGCCCCACGCUGAGUCGCCGCGUGGCGGAGGACGCCCCGAGGGAGGCGGGGAGGUGACCGCUCCCCGGCCCGGCUCUGGAUGAAGGCUGAGGAUGUGCCAUGGAGCCGGGAUUCAACUGCUCCGACCUCUGCGAUGGCAACCCCGCUUUCGGCAGCCAGGAGCAGCAGCAGAGGACGCUGCGGGAGCUCUGCGCCAUCACAGUCGUACGUACGGAGACAUCUUCUGACCGCAGCGGGAAGAGCUCCCCGUCUUUCUCUGCUGCUCUCCUGGGCGUCGUGUGGACGUUCCUGACCGGAGGAGUCCUGCUAGCCCUCUUCUUUCUGGCCUUCACGAUUCGCUUCAGGAAAAACAGGAUCGUGAAGAUGUCCAGCCCCAAUCUGAACGUUGUGACCCUGCUGGGCAGUGGCUUGACUUACACUAGUGCUUACCUCUUUGGGGUUCAGGAGCAGAGCCUGCCGUCCAGAGACUCGGUGGAAACACUGAUCCAGGUGCGGCUCUGCCUGCUGUGCGUGGGGACCUCCCUGGUGCUGGGCCCUGUCCUGGGGAAGAGCUGGCGGCUCUACAGGGUGUUCACCCAGCGGGUGCCGGACAAGCGGGUGAUCAUCAAAGACCUCCAGUUGCUGUCGAUGGUGGCAGCGUUGGUGUUGGCCGAUGCUGUAUUGCUCUUGACGUGGGUCUUCUCCGAUCCGGUCCAGUGUUUCCGAAGCCUCAGCGUCUCAGUGCGGGCGACAGAGAAAGGCAUGACCUGUUCAGUGAGCCGGAUGCAGUCCUGUGCAUCUCUUUAUUCCGAUCUUUGGCUCGUUCUCAUUUUAGGGUUUAAGAGCGUGCUGCUGCUCUACGGGACGUACCUGGCCGGCCUGACCGACAACGUCAGCUCCCCGCCGGUCAACCAGUCCCUGACGCUCGUCGUGGGGGUCAACCUCAUUUUCCUGGUGGCCGGCGCCGUCUUCUUAGUUCACCGUUUCUUCCGCGCUUGGCACAACUUGCUGUUUGGUUUCACCUCCGGGGGCAUCUUCGUGUGUACGACUACGAUCAACUGCUUCAUCUUCGUCCCGCAGCUCAGGCAGUGGAAGGCCUUUGAAGAAGAAAGCCAAACCCUGAGCCACAUGGCAAAAUAUUUCACCAGCCCGAGCAGGAGCUGCCACUCGGUGUACAGCGAGGAGCAGCUCUACCAGCUGAUAGGGGAGAAAAACUCCAUGAAGCGGCUGCUGACGGAGAAAAAUGCCGUGAUCGAGAGCCUGCAGGAGCAAGUGAACAACGCCAAGGAGAAGCUGAUGAGGCUGAUGUCUGCAGAGGGUGGCUGCGACCCCGCGGUGCUGGCUCCCUGCACCCGGAGCACGGGGCGGCAUGGCCAGCAGCAUGGCUGUGCUGCAGCCAGUGGGGAUGUGCCUGGGGACCACAGCCCCCCAGAUCCAGAGCAGGACGGGCAGCAGCGUCCUCAGUUGCCGCGUGCAUCCCCACACAGUCCAGUGCCUUUUAGUGGCGAUGCUCAGUAUCUCUGGAAACAGAUGAGCCAUGAGCACGUGCUGCCGGAGGAGCCUGAUUGCUCUCCGGCGCUGCUUUUUGACAUGGGGGACAACCCCGAACACAGCCCAAAAGAUGCCCAGGAACAUGGGAUGCCUGCAGGGAAGGGGCAUCCUCUGGAGCUUGGCCAGGACCUCUCAGCUGCUGCAUCCAGAGAGCGUCCCCCCAAGGUCAGCUACGUGAGCAGCGAGAAGCUGCAGGAAAUCUUGCAAGAUCUGAGCCUGGAUGGCAGGACCUGCAACCCGGCCUUCCCUGCACGUGGGGUGGGGAUGUGGGGAGCACAGGAGGGCUACCCAGCCACCCGCAAUCCCCUCAGCCCCUACCUGACGAGGCGGAGGCGGCAUGUCCCGCUGCCCCCUGCCUCUACCGGCUUCCCUGUGUCCCCAUCCCCUCGCGCCCGGUGCGUGGCCAGCUCAGCGGUCAGCAGGACGGGCACGUGGGGCUGCGGGGAGCCAGCACGCCUCGCAGUGAGGAGGGAAGGUGAGGGAGCUGGCGGAGGGCUCCAUUAUCCAGCACCAUCCUCUGCAUCCAUCCCCACCGAGGGAUGGCCGGAGCCCCAGGGCUGGGAGGCGAGCGGGAUGGGCCCAGAGAUUCACCACGAUGCUUCCCCGCGGGGCUGGCGGCAGCAGGGUGCCCCCGGGAUGCCGGCUCGUCCCGCCCUGCACUCGCUGUACCAUUACCCGGACUCGGAUUCCAGCAGCAGCUCCGAGGAGAUGUUUCCCUGCUGCCACCGGCCCUGCUGCCAGGCCUGCCUGCGCAGCCCCCACGGCUCCCUGGGCAGCAGCAGCAGUAGCACGGACACGGACACAGACACAGAGCCUGGUGGGGCUGUGGGACGCUGGCUGGAGCCCCAGAGCAGGGCUCAGGCUGUUGUGAACUUCAAAGAAGAUCUGAAACCCACGUUUGUGUGACCGCAAACACCCCCGCCCCAAAGGCAAGUGCCCCUUUCCUCCCAAAGCACGCUCUGUGAAAGUAUACACGGUGACGCAGAAGAAAUGCAUCCCUCUGGUGACAGCAGGAGCACUCGCAGCUGUGGCAAAGCCACGGCCUCACAGCUGAGGGCACGUUGGAGACUCUGCUGAGGCUUGGUAGUGUCUGAGCAUGAGCGUGGAGUCCAAAGGUGACAUCUCUGGAGGUGGCCUUGCGUUUUGUGCAGCUCGGUUGCACGGUCGUAGGUUAGACUCAGGUUGGCGCUGAAGGAAAGGACAAGCAAGCAAUCUUAAAGAGGAUCUGAAAAGGUUUCUCUCUCUCUCUCUUUUUUUUUUUUUUUUUUUCCUGCAGCUUGUGUGCCCUUCCGUAUGCCUUUGUGGUGGAUGAAGUAGCCUGGAAUGUUUUAGGUUUGUUUAAAUUAAUACGGUCUGUUUAAUUUUUUUUUUUUUCUUUUGUCUGAGAAAUAUCAAAAGCAGUAAAAGCGGUGUGCCCGCUACUGUUGGGAUGUUUGUGGAGGCAUUUCAGCGUGUAGCUGCCUUCACAGGAAAAGCGAGGGGCUCUGAAACCUGAAGCACAGCCCACGGAGACCCCUUUGGAGGCAGGAUGCCUUUGCUGAAAGGAUGGUAACAGAGGCACCCCCACCUCAGAUAUGGAUGAUGCACAUCCCUAUCGUUAUCCUUUAUGAAGGUCAAAUAUCUCACUGUUGUAGCCCCUCACCAGCACCGCCUUUUCUUCCCCAGCACUUCUUCCCCGGAUUUGCUGAAUCCUGCAUUCCUAGGGCAAAUCGCCAAACGCCAUCACCUCAAGGAGAACAACAUUCCCACAGCCCCUCCUUGUUCCCAGUACGGAAACUCUCCAAAGGGUGAUCCCAAUUCCCAAAUCCCAUGUCCUGGGGGCACAGGUGUCCCCUUCCCCAGCUGCGGGGCCGGAUGGAUGCUGACCACAGCGGGCAGGUGGUGGGCAAAGGGCUGGGGCUGCCACCCCUUCCUGACCACCGCUGCCUCCCCUGCAGAGGAGGAGGAGGGCAAAG